AUGUCUAACCUUCCUCCCGUCUACAUCGCCGCCGUGGCCAGAACCCCUGUGGGCUCCUUCUUGGGGCAACUGUCCAGUCUCAGUGCUACUCAGCUGGGUGCCCAUGCCAUCAAGUCUGCCGUUGAGCGCGUGCCCCAGAUCAAGCCCGAAGAUGUCGAGGAAGUCUUCUUCGGUAACGUCCUCUCAGCCAACCUCGGUCAGGCCCCUGCCCGCCAAUGCGCGAUAAACGCCGGCCUCUCCAACUCGACGGUCUGCACGACGGUCAACAAGGUGUGCGCCUCGGGCAUGAAGGCCAUCAUCCUCGGCGCCCAGACCAUCAUCACCGGUAACGCCUCCAUCGUCGUCGCCGGCGGCACCGAGUCCAUGUCCAACACCCCCCACUACCUGCCCAGCCUGCGCAACGGCGCCAAGUACGGCGACCAGACUCUCGUCGACGGCGUGCAGAAGGACGGCCUGCGUGAUGCCUACGGCAAGCAGGAGCUCAUGGGCAUGCAGGGCGAGCUGUGCUCCCAGGACCACGAGCUCACCCGCGAGCUGCAGGACGAGUACGCCAUCAAGACCUACCAGCGGGCCCAGGCCGCCACCGAGGCUGGCGUCUUCGCCGAGAUUGCCCCCAUCGAGGUCAGCGGCGGCCGUGGCAAGCCCGCCGUCAAGAUCACCAAGGACGAGGAGGCCAGCAAGCUCAACAUUGACAAGCUCAAGACCGUCCGCCCCGCCUUCAUCCCCAACGGCGGCACCGUCACCGCCGCCAACGCCGCGCCCCUCAACGACGGCGCCGCGGCCGUCGUGCUCGUCUCCGAGGCCAAGCUCAAGGAGCUGGGCAUCACGCCCAUCGCCAAGAUCCUCGGCUGGGGCGACGCGGCGCGCGAGCCCGAGCGCUUCACCACCGCGCCCGCGCUGGCCAUCCCCAAGGCCAUCAAGCACGCCGGCCUGACCGACAAGGACGUCGACUACUACGAGAUCAACGAGGCCUUCUCCGUCGUCGCCCUCGCCAACAUCAAGCUGCUGAGCCUCGACCCGGAGCGCGUCAACGUCUUUGGCGGCUCCGUCGCCAUCGGCCACCCCCUCGGCUGCUCCGGCGCCCGCAUCGUCACCACCCUCACCACCGUCCUGCGCGAGAAGAAGGCCAAGAUCGGCUGCGCGGGCAUCUGCAACGGCGGCGGCGGCGCCUCCGCCCUCGUCAUCGAGAACCUGCAGUGA